GGGGGUCGGCGCUGAAAAGCAUGAGAGGUCGCUGAGAAAUUGGAUCCCCUGCCUCUUUAAACUGCCACAUGUGUUUUCAGUCUAAAUCUGGCCGCUGACCAGCAGCAGUAACCCAGUAGCAGGGGGGCGGUGAAAUCCAUUCACGCAGUGGCGUGGCUCCGAGCCGCCGAGGAGGGAAGGGACCCUGAGAGGCGUCCAGGAAAUUUUUCUCGGGCCUGGGCAGGGACUUGGCGCGGAGUCUGCCGCUGGAAAACCUGACGGGGAGCUUUCAGGAGCCAGACCAGGGGCCUCAUGAAUCUCUCUGACAGAAGAUCGGGAUCAGUCUAUCAGCCCGACACGUCCUGAUUAGCUACCGCGCUACCGUGGCCACAUCAUGAGGGGGAGAACGAUGAGCCAAGAGCAGUGCCCUCACAGGAAUGACGUGCAGAGCUCCGAGAAACCGCGCUUGUACAAGGUGGGCAUCUACGGCUGGCGGAAGCGAUGCCUCUACUUUUUCGUCCUGCUCCUGAUGAUCCUUAUCCUGGUCAACCUUGCGUUGACCAUCUGGAUCCUGAAGGUCAUGAAUUUCACCAUAGAUGGCAUGGGCAACUUGCGCAUCACGGAGAACGGUCUGAAGCUCGAGGGAGACUCUGAAUUUCUCCAGCCUCUGUAUGCCAAAGAAAUCCAGUCCAGACCAGGAAGCCCUUUGCUACUGCAGUCCUCAAGAAACAUAACCAUUAACGUCCUGGAUGGCAAGAAUCGCAUGACCAGUCAACUAGUUGCAGGUUCCAAUGGAGUGCAGGCGCACGGCAAGAUGUUUGAGGUGAAAUCCACCACGGGAAAACUGCUGUUUUCUGCUGAUGAUCAGGAAGUUGUGGUUGGUGCUGAGAAGCUGAGAGUUCUAGGUGCAGAGGGAGCAGUGUUCAGCAACUCCGUGGAAACCCCACACGUCAGGGCAGAGCCCUUUAAGGAGCUGCGGCUGGAGUCCCCCACACGGUCCCUGUUCAUGGAGGCUCCGAAGGGGGUGCAGAUCCUGGCGGAGGCAGGAGACAUUCAGGCCAGCUGCAGGAGCGAGCUACGUCUGGAGUCAAAGGAUGGGGAGAUCACGCUGGACGCCAAAAAGAUCAAACUGCCCAGGCUGCCCGAGGGCAAGGCCUCGCCCAUGGCCACCAGGCAGACGGUGUACGAGGUGUGUCUCUGUCCCAGCGGGAAGCUCUUCCUCUCCCAAGCUGGGACGGGCUCUACCUGCCACAUCAGCAACAACGUCUGCCUCUAAGGACACGUGUGCAGACGAGAUGCCCUCCCCACCCCCCCUACACCCCCCACUGCAAACCAGAGGGGACAGGGGUCGGGGCACACCGGCGUUCCAGAGAGACUCUCCCCGUAACCUUUCUAUCCAAUGAUCUGAGAACAGUUUCAGUACCAGAACAGCUAGGGUGAUCACUGCGUAGCUAAAUCUGACCCCCCCCCCCCCAUUUCUCCCCCAACUCUCAAGUUCGUCCCCUCAAAGUCUCAUUUCCUUGGACUAAUUUUUCCCACCCUCGACCUACAGCAGGGAGCAUAGGGCAUGUUGCAUCUUUUGUCAAACCUGAGGGGGCGUUAUAUUCCCCCCCCCCCCUCCUGAUGUAGGGCCAUCUUGUGUCAUUUCGGUUUCUAGAUAGCUGUGGGGCAGCUCUAUCAUAUUCUGAGCUUUCUCGGCCAGUGGCACUGCUCGGCAUUUUUUCUUCGGGGGGGGCUGUGGCUGUCACAAGCUCGACGAUCACGAAGUGCUGACAGCGGCCCAGAUUGAGGAAAUUCCGAUAUUUUAGAAGGAAGUCCCAUUCCAACGUCCCUUCUCCCCUCCCAAAACAUCGGCCAGAUGCUUUACCACCCCACAAAUGUAAAUUGCAUCGCAGUCAUAACCGAAAUUCCUGGAGCCAUCUUGGGUGGUCACCCAAGCGGAUGCUCGUACUGGGACAAAGCAGAUUUGGCCCGCUCUGUUCAAAGAGAGACACUGUGUCUGUGCCUUAUUUCAAUGCAAGGAGAAGCACAUCACUGACCGCUGUCAGGAAGUCUCUUUUAUUUCUGUUUCUGUCUUUUUUUCUCAUUAAAAUGUGCUAAAUAACAGGAAUGCUGAGGUCUCGAUCCCCAACUGUGUGCAUCACUGUAGUGGAGGUCUUACAAAACAUUAAUCAUGGAGAUCAAAAGAAUAAUAAUAAUUUUCUGGUUGGUAUCAGAAAUGGAGUUAUACAUUCAAGCAGAGGCAGCUGGUCCAUAGAGGUACAGGAGGUAGUGCGUCCAAUUUCUUUGAGAUUAAAUUAUGAAACAAGUAACUUUGAAAUAACCCAGUACUAAGAUUUUAUUGUCAUUUGUAAACACAUGUUCUCUCUUCACUGGAGAAAUUCAGUAUUGUAAUGUCGUGAUCGUAUUAUCUUCUUACCUCCUCAAUUUUCUUUAUCCACCAGCCGCUACUGCUUUCAGCGAAACUGGUCUUGCAUAAGUAAAUAAGAGUUUAUUUAAUUGCUCAGUGUGCUACAACAUUGGGAAUAUGGUGUUAUUAGCAUUUAGCGUACCGCUGUUAGUCUCUGGUCCCAAAAGGGCUCCCAAACACGGUUUUACGUCAGCUGGGGGUCGAGUCUCUUUGCAUUCCUGUCACGUACGGUGUGGAAUAUUUACAACUAAGAGCUUGCGCGUUAUCCUCUGUUUCUUUUUUACGCUGAAGUUCAGUCAUUGACAGAGACAUAAACCAAAAACUGGAGGGGAGCUACGCUAAUGGCACAGCAGUUUGGCGCUGACGACAGGCACCCACCAUCACAACGCUGCCCCCGAUGGAGGGGAGGACCUUAUUUACUGCAGUGUGAAGGGAUCCGUAGCACACGUUUGAUAUGAGGGUAUCUGAAUGGGACCGAGUCAUUAUCGCUUGAAGAUACUGGGGGGCUGUGUCACUCUCCCCCUUCUGGACAAAAUUCCAGCCGUCCUCCGUAUAUCUGCGGCCCUGCUUAAUUAACCCAGCCUCAUACCGUCCUCGUAUUAAAUUCCAUCUUUCUUUUUUUCCUAUUUCAGUACAUCUCAUUGUCAUUUAGAUUAAUCAUGGUCAUGGGGGGGGGGGGUGAAUGGGUUUGCUGAGGGCAAACCGAAUUACACAUUUUAGUCAUCAGUACUCUGCUUUGUAGGAUUUUCUGCCCCCUUUUUGUUGUAUUACAGUGAAGUAGGGUUUUCCUGGAGAAUGCUUUCCCUCAUGCUUUUCUACGCUAAGCCAACUGCUUUCAUUAUUAUUAUUAUUAUAAACUAUAACAAAAAAAAAUCUGACAAAGCACAAGUGUGCCAGUAUGGACGGUGGCUAUCCGUUAACACUGAAUUAUUCAGAGAAGUUAAGUUGCACAAAGUAACCCUAAAGCUUUAUCAUACCUGCGACGGCUUUCCAAGGGAUAAGGUAACAGGCGUAAAUUAGCUCAAGAAAACAGUGUAGCUGAGAAGUCCCAUUACUUGGGAUUUGCUAACUGCUCAUUUAAUAAUUCUGAUACGAAAUCCUCCAAAAGGAUUAAAUAUUUACACUUAUUUAUUUACCAGAUUACCAGAUACUUUUAUUAAUGGGAAUUUGCUAAGUGUUCCUAUAAUACCUCUGAAAUUCUUGCCAGGCACCCUAUUAAGGAUUAAAUACAUUUACAUAUAUAUUUAUUUAUUCACAAUGCAUAGUUAUUACUGGGGAUUUGCUCAGAGUUCCAGUAAUGCCUCUGAAAUUGUCCCCGUAUGGAUUAAGUAUUUGCAUUUCCAUUAAUAUUUAUUUAUUAACUAUAUACUAUUUUCCAAAGUAGCUUAGCAAGGCACUGUGAUAAGAGGGACUUUGUGCGUCGCGAGCCGGUGGCAACCUUAAAAACCUGUUUUUCCCCGCCAGUCUUCCUUUCUUCCUUCUCUUUUUGUCUCAAUAACGUGAAGCGACAGAAGCUUCUGCGGAGAGUCUGCGGGAGUGGAGUGGUCAUAUGAUCAGCACCUAAGAUGGCGAGCCCCUGGGGUGGCAUUAAAUUAAGAGCCCUUGGACCCAGGUCCCACAGGCCUUGCUGUCCUGAUGGCAUGCAAGUCCACUCAAGGACGGCCUUGGCGACGGAGGCUGGCAGGCGCUAUUUAUAGUAACGUCACAUUCUGCGCAAGAACGUGAUACUUUUAUACUAAUUUAACUCAACAGUGAUAGAAAUGGUCCAACUCACUCAAACAUUUAUCGUGCAUCUAUCCACGUAUCUGCAGGUCGUUUUCAUUUUCAACAUCACCCUUUGCGACAUAGUUGGCCUGAUGCGUCAAACGAAGGUUUAGCUACCACCUUCCAACAUGACCAGUUUAAUUCAAAAUUGCGGCACCACAUGAAUGCAUUUUAAUUGAACUUUAUGUUCAUAAUGCUAUUACUGCAGGCCACACACCCCUCCAGUGAAAAGAAAUCAACUGAACUAAUUCAGACCUAUCUGUGUGAGUCCUUAUAUUUAUGAGUCAUUAAAUUUUUGUUUCAUCUUACGCUGUAAUCUCCAAACUCUGUGAGAAAUGUAAAGCAGCAUGACUGGUUUUCCUCGAAUAAAUUUUUGUGCGUGCGGACGACUCACCGGAUGGUUUCGUUUCGCGGCUCUUGGCUUCGCAAAAAUGUGUUACUCGACGUGUCAAUUCGUAGGCGCUCGUGCUCUAAUGAAGGAGCACGCAACGUAAGCGAUACAGACAUGUACGUAAAAAGAGACACGGUGCAAUUGAGGGGACCGGCGACCUUGGGUACGAAUUUGCAUGCUCGUUCUCCCGUGUGUCCAAUAGAAAUGUAAAUAAAACGAACACGACCAGGUCCCCAUACCACAUCUGUGACACACGUCCUCUGGUGUUUGAAAGAGAUCCUGUUUUUUUCCCCAAUUCCUUAAAUUUCCGCCGUGUUCCGUGUCCAAGGAAGCAAGGCUGUUGCUAUCAAAGCCUCUCUGGGAAGCUCUCUCCCUUCAGAAGAUCACCUCCACGCUGAAACAAGUGCUUUAACACAUUUUUGGGAGGCUGAAAGUCGUUGCUUUUUCUGUGUUUAUCGUCUACUUAAAACUGUUCAUGUUUGUCGUAUGAAUUGAGAUCCUCGCACAUUCUAUGCAAAUUCAAACACGGAUUUAGAGAGCAUUGUAGUACUGCGACAAUGUCAGCAACUAUCUCAAAUCUAUGAUACUUUCAGUAUAAAGUUUGUAUUUAUGAAUUGAGUUGCAAUCUUGUAAAACUAUUAAUAAAAGUAUUUUAAAAAUGA